AUCGUCACCGGUGACAACGGUGGUACGGGAAAACUCAAUCCUUUCCCCACAAAGGGUGGCUCAGUGCUUCAGGAAACAAAUUGCAUCGACGAUCAGUUUCAACUUCUUGCAGAGUGGUGUGGAAGUUAAUGCCUAAUUUUGCGACAUAAGUUUAAGCUUUUUACUUCGAAGAAACUGUGAUCAAAUAAAAAUUCGCUUGAUGUUGAAAUAAGUAACGGCAGCGUCAUUAUUUAGAAAAAUAGCAGCAGAACAAUUAGAGACAAUUGAACGUAAUUUUUCUCACCUCCGGCUAAGACAAGUCGUCGUCGUCGUCGUGUGGGGCAAAGUUGUUUACAGUUCCGUCAACAUACUGCACAUUGCAGUGUGGAGAAGAUUUGUCCGGUUUGGAACUCGUGCACGCGUCAGCGAGUGGUGGCUUAGUAUUUUCUUGCGUGUCACUAAUCAAUUUGUGCUGAAAACGGCCAGUGAUUAGAGGAGGCUUAAAGGAGACUGGUGAUGAAUUAUUUUAUGUCCCGCGGAUUCACCGACCUGCUGUGGGACUACGCAGUGUUCGCGGUGUUCAUAGUCUUCUCGACGCUGGUACCGCUGUGGGGUCGCUUCUUCGGCAAAAAGGAAAAAACCAAGGCCGACUAUGUAUUCGGCGUUGGAACGAUCUCGAUGGGCGCCAUGAUGCUAUCGAUCGCACGGGGGACACUCGGGGUGCGUUCGUUUCUCGGUUAUCCCAGCGAACUGUUCUAUCGAGGGUCAGCCAUGUGGGAAACGCUUUACGGUAUGGUGACUGCCUAUCCGAUCGUGUGCUUCGUGUUUAUUCCGGUUUACUUUAACCUUGGGGUGACCUCGGUGUAUCAGUAUUUGGAUUUAAGAUUCAACAGCCGUCUGGUCCGGUGUCUAGCAUCGGGGACAUACAUUAUUCGAUCUCUGCUCAACUUAGGUGUUACGGUGUAUACACCGACCGUUGCACUGAACACCGUGAUCGGCAUCCCGUACUGGGUUUCGCUUGUUGGAAUUUCAGUUAUCAGUAUUAUUUUCAACUUACUAGGAGGACUGAAAGCUGCCAUUAUGGCCGAUGUAAUACAGGGAAUAACUAUGAUCCUGAUAUCCAUAGGCAUUAUUAUACAAUCCAUGGUGACGGUUGGUGGUUUCGGGGAAAUAUUCACGAUCCCAGCGGAGCAUGGCCGCUUGAAUUUCUUCAACUUCACGGGUGACUUCACGAUCCGCGUGGACACGACGUCAGCCUGGUUGGGGCAGCUGUUCAUGUCGUUAAGCAUCUUCGGAUGCCAGCAGAACUUUGUGCAGCGUUAUCUAAGCAUGAACACAUUCAAGGAUGUUCGCCGUACACUGCUGAGCAACAUUCCGGUUGUGAUCGCUUUGUUUUCACUCGCCUGGAUUGUCGGAAUGGGUGUUUUUUCCGUUUACGCCAACUGCGAUCCAAUGGCCGCUGGCUACACAAACAAGAUGGAUGAAAUACUACCCUUUUUCGUCGAAGAUAAGUUCUCCUAUCUGCCCGGUGUGAUGGGAAUUUUUAUGGCUUCACUCUUCAAUGGGGCCCUGAGCUUGAACGUAUCCAACUUGAACUCACUGGCUACGGUUACCUGGGAGGACUUCCUGUCACAGUUGCCACGGUUCAAAGGCAUAGGUGAUAAGCAACAGUUGAACAUAAUCAAGUUCAUUGGUUCAGUCUACGGGGUGAUGGUGAUGGGAGUUGGUUUUACUGUAGGUCUGCUAUCCGGAGUGAUUGAAAGCAGCAUGCUGAUGACCUCGGCCACAUCAGGACCACUACUGGGAGUGUUUCUAUUGGCGAUGUUGAUUCCCGUGGCAAAUUGGAAAGGAGCAGCUUGCGGAAUGGUUAUUUCCCAUAUCAUCACUUUAUGGAUAACUUUUGGCGGCCUGACUGUCGACAAGGAAACGAUUCUAAUGCCAACGUCGAUUGAGGGCUGUACAAAUGAAACUUUCUCAUCCGGAAUUUUGAAACCAACCAAAUCAUGGCUACUCUCUAAUACUCCGCUGGAAAUUGAGUCUGAUUUUUCGUACUUGGAUACGCUCCGUGAAGCUCAAUCAUCGGGAUCAGCAGGAUUCCUGGAUACACUCUACUCGGUGUCUUACAUGUAUUACAGUUUGAUCGGCACCUUUAUUACGGUUCUCGUCGGAACACUCGUCAGCUAUAUGACCAGUCACAGGGACGAUGCGUACGACCACAAGUUGCUGCAUCCGGCAGUUCACCGUUUAAGUUUGAUGCUACCCGGCAAGAAGCGACGUUAUGUGAACAAUUCCGACAUUCGGCCGAAGAUACUUAAGCCCGCCAAGGUGCCGGUAGAUAAACUGGAACAGGAUAACCUAGGAUUCGAAAGUUCGCCGAACGAUGCUAAGCUGGGAGUAUUUGUGGUUAAUCUGACCAGUAACGAGAAAGUCGGCGAGAGUCAACGUGUUCCAGUCGAGGUGUACCGGAAGCUGGACGAAAAUCUUAUCGAGGUUAGGACGUGAGGUCGGCAGCAUAAAACUAAACACUUCAUUAUGUUUAUCAAUUGCUCGUUAUAAGACCAGUAGAACGUGAAAGACUGUGAUAAGACGUAAGCUAUGUAAGAUGUUUACAAGAAGACUUCCAUUACGCAGGACGCAGCUGAUAGUAUUACUACAGCCAGGGUAGAUAAUAUAUUCCUAGAGUUAGCGCAAGCGAGUCCGUUUCCACUGAAUGAAUCGUGUCUAUUUUUAAACUUAUCCAUUAGGUAAUAUUAUUUAGUAAUAAACGGCAAGAACAGUAAACGAUGA